UUUAAUGCACUCAUUGACACAGACAGAAUGUCUCAAAUAACAGCGAUAAGAAGCCUGCUUUGUCAAUGGCCCAAUCCCCAGCUGACACUUAUUUCCCUCAUGCAAAUAAUUCAUCCCAUUCACAAUCCUGCAGGCAGCCGGUGGGGGUUUCCAUCUCUCUUUGCUAGAGGCUAAGGAAAAAAAAAUGCUAUUUCCAUGCCAGUGCUGUAAAUAAGAAAUAAAUCUGCAUCUGUAAGAUUCCUGAGAACCCCAAAUCCUUAAUCUCAUUAAAAUAAAUGUGGAGGAAUACACGGAGAACAGAAUGCACGUGUUUACAACAACUGGACAAGCAGAUAACCGGGUCAUCACUCGGAUCCCUCUCACCUCCAUAAAAUACUUCUUGGACAUACUUGACAAGUAUGCGUAACGACGCGUGCCUCUAGUGGCACUGUGGAGGGAAACGAGGGUCGUCAGACGCACGCAGAUGCGCGGCUUUCUGCACUACCUUUCCACCCAGCACAAACUGAAAGCUAUAGAAAAUGAACAUUGUGUAACAAAUAGGCUUUUUGAGCAGAUUUUGGACCUUCUUCAAUAACGAGCCUCGCGCCAUCACCGCGCGCAACUGGAGAGGAGCGUCACGGAGCUUCCUCACAAAGUACCUCUGUGUUUCACGGACAGUUUCCCUGACUGGAGUGAUUAAACUGCAACAAGCAUUUUGGACACGUCGUGUAACGCUUUUCUCUGCCUGUCUCGUAUCGUUCGAGGCGACCCAAAGUUCCGCAGGCGCAGUUCUCCUCCUCAGCAGCGGUGCGGGAGUCGGGCUCGGCUGUUGCCGUGGUGCUCGCCAGUAGACAGAUAGCAUCGGCGGAAGGAGGGGAUACAGAGACUCCUGCAGGCUAAUUGUAGCAGCCUGUGUUCGCAGGUGUAUCACUGAUUCGCCUGUGAGAGGACUGGGGGGCUUCAUCCUUAUCGAGCUGCUCUCGGACUUGUGAGUAAAAGAAAAAAAAGGGGGGGAAAAACCACCAGAGAGAGAAUGUUGCAUCAAGUACAAUGAGCGCACAUUUGUCGCAGGCACCAAAAUCCAUUUAUGCUCCGUCGAAUUCAGUUUUGAUGAGCAAUUCUGAGUCGUCUUUGGAAUUUUAAAAAGUGGAUCCCGAGACUUUACAACCAUGCGAAACACUUGGCUGUCUCCCCGGAGCGCGAUUUGGAAAUACUGGACGUUGCUGAUUGCAUGUCUCUUUUGGAUUCAGUACUCUUACGGGAUGCCGCAUGUUAUUCGAAUAGGUGGGAUCUUCGAACGAACAGAUGGACCCGUUUCGCUUGUUAGCGCCGAGGAGCUUGCCUUUAAAUUUGCUGUUAAUAACAUAAACAGAAACAGGACUUUGUUGCCAAACACAACACUAACAUAUGACAUACAGAGGAUUAAUAUCUACGACAGUUUUGAGGCGUCAAAAAAAGCUUGUGACCAGCUGUCUUUAGGUGUGGUUGCAAUAUUCGGGCCCUCACAUAGUUCAUCGUCGAAUGCAGUGCAGUCCAUCUGCAAUGCGUUGGAAGUGCCACACAUCCAGGUGCGGUGGAAACAUCAUCCCAUGGACAACAGGGACAGCUUUUAUGCCAAUUUAUACCCGGACUACUCCUCGCUAAGCUAUGCUAUCUUGGACCUGGUGCAGUUUCUCAAAUGGAAGACAGCCACUGUCGUAUACGACGACAGCACAGGUCUUAUCAGACUUCAGGAGCUGAUCAUGGCCCCGUCAAGGUACAACAUACGGCUAAAGAUCCGUCAGCUUCCCCUCGACUCAGAGGACACGAGGCCCCUGCUCAAAGAAAUGAAGAGGAGCCGCGAGUUCCGCAUCAUCUUCGACUGCAGUCACCACAUGGCUGCACAGAUUCUCAAACAGGCCCAGACCAUGGGGAUGAUGACAGAGUAUUACCACUAUAUCUUCACCACUCUGGACCUGAUGGCCAUCGACCUGGAACCAUAUCGCUUCUGUGGGGUCAACAUGACCGGCUUCCGCAUCCUCAAUGUGGAAAAUCCCCUGGUCGCAUCCAUCGUGGAGAAAUGGUCGCUGGAGAGGCAGCUACCUCCUAAACCGGGCUCAGGCCUGCUUGAGGGCAUCAUGACGACAGAUGCAGCUCUGACCUAUGACGCGGUCCACAUUGUGUCCGUCUCAUACCAGCACGCUCCACAGAUGACGGUGAACUCGCUGCAGUGCCACCGCCACAAACCCUGGAGAUUCGGAGGACGCUUCAUGAGCUUCAUCAAAGAGUCUCACUGGGAUGGCUUGACGGGGAGACUGUCAUUCAACAAGACGACCGGCCUGCGCACAGACUUCGACCUGGACAUCAUAAGUCUGAAAGAGGAAGGACUUGAAAAGGUCGGGAAGUGGAGUGCAUCCGGAGGUCUUAACAUCACAGAGGCGCCGAAGCGAAAAGGCAUGAACAUCACAGAUUCCCUGGCUAACCGCUCCCUGGUCGUCACCACCAUCCUGGAGGAGCCAUAUGUCAUGCUUAAGAAGUCUGACAAGGCGCUGGUUGGGAACGACCGCUUCGAAGGAUUCUGCAUCGACUUGCUCAAAGAGCUGGCCAACAUCCUGGGCUUCACGUAUGAGAUCCGCCUGGUGCCUGAUGGGAAGUACGGCUCCCAGGAUGAGAAGGGCCAGUGGAACGGCAUGAUCAGGGAACUUAUCGAACAUAGAGCAGACUUGGCCGUGGCUCCAUUCACCAUCACCUACAUGCGUGAGAAGGUCGUCGACUUCUCCAAGCCCUUCAUGAACAUGGGCAUCAGCAUCAUUUACCGCAAACCCAACACCACCAACAGCGGCUUCUUCUCCUUCCUCAAUCCCAUGACUCCCGACAUCUGGGUCUAUAUCCUCCUGGCUUACCUGGGGGUUAGCUGUGUCCUUUUUGUCAUUGCCAGGUUCAGUCCUUACGAAUGGUACGACGCCCAUCCUUGUAACCCCGGAUCAGACGUAGUGGAGAACAACUUCACCCUGCUCAACAGCUUCUGGUUUGGAGUCGGUUCCUUGAUGCAACAAGGCUCAGAGCUGAUGCCCAAAGCCCUGUCGACCAGGAUCAUCGGCGGGAUCUGGUGGUUCUUCACACUCAUCAUUAUAUCGUCGUACACAGCUAAUCUGGCUGCUUUUCUCACUGUGGAGAGAAUGGACUCGCCUGUGGACUCUGCCGAUGACAUCGCUAAGCAGACCAAGAUCGAGUAUGGUGUGGUCAGAGAUGGUGCAACUAUGUCUUUCUUCAAGAAAUCUAAGGUUUCUACUUUUGAGAAGAUGUGGGCUUUUAUGAGCAGCAAACCGAGCACAUCACUGGUGAAGUCCAUUGAGGAUGGGAUCCAGAGGGUGCUCAAGUCUGACUACGCCCUCAUUAUGGAGUCCACGACGAUCGAUUACAUCACGAGGAGGAACUGUAACCUGACACAGGUGGGAGGGCUUAUCGACAGCAAAGGCUACGGCAUCGGCACUCCUCUUGGCUCCCCGUACAGAGACAAAAUCACCAUAGCAAUCCUAAGCAUCUUGGAGGAUGGGCGCCUACACAUGCUGAAGGAGAAGUGGUGGAGUGGGAGCAGCUGUUUGGAUGAAGAGCGUCGCGAGACAGGCCCCAUGGGUAUCCAGAAUCUGGGUGGUAUAUUCAUUGUGCUGGCAUCUGGCCUAGUGCUGUCUGUUUUCGUGGCAAUCGCUGAAUUCAUCUACAAGCUACGGAAGACUGCAGAACGUGAGCAGAGGUCUUUGUGCAGUGCCAUGGUGGACGAGAUCAGACUGUCGUUCACCUGCGAGAGGCGGGUGAAACACAAGGCUCAGCCUCCAGUCAUGGUGAAGACGGAUGCAGUGAUCAACAUGCACGCCUACAACGACCGACGACUCCCGGGAAAGGACAACAUGAGCUGCAGCACUGGGAUGACUCCCGUGUUCCCAUGACACUGUGCUCCCCCCAAGGCAAGAACCUCCUGAGCAACGUGUCGGGGACCCUGCCAGAGACCAGAGACAAUGGCAUAGACGGGAUCACCAGAUUCACCAUUAACCACAGUGACUUUGGGACACUUACAAAACAUGGGCAACUGAAAAU